AUGAGGCCGCCCACGACACCGAGCACCUUCCUGCUGGCCCUCACACUGCUCGGCACCCUGCUGGGUCUCGGCUGCCCGCUGAGCUGCGAGGUGUGCAGGGGCUCCGGGCCCACGUGCAGCGGGAAGAUGAAGACCUGCGAGGCCGGCAAGGACGCCUGCGUGGCCAUCGUGGGCGAGUCGAGCACCAAGGGCCACCACUCGGUGAACAGCUACAAGGCCUGCAUGAAGUUCAGCGACUGCUACUCGGGGUUCGUGUCCACCACCAUGGGCCCCAAGGACUACAUGGUGACCAACACGCACUGCUGCCAGAGUGAUGGCUGCAAUCAUGGCUCGGUGCCCCCUCCCGAGAACAACCGUACGGAGAACGGCCUGCAGUGUCCCGCCUGCGUCGUGCCCUUCCAGGAGACCUGCCCGGGCACCCAGGCCGCCCGCUGUGUGGGCCAGGAAACCCACUGCAUCUACUUCGCGGGCAGAGUGCAGGCUGGCAUCAUCAACACCAGGUUUGCCACGCGAGGCUGCGCCACGGAGAGCGCCUGCAACACCAAGCCUGGCGCCGAGGUGCCCUCAGCUUCCUAUCUCUACUUCCUCCGCCGGGCAGACUGCCUCCCGGCCCUGCAGUCCCCUGGCAGGGGCGAGUGA